GAGUGGGUUCUGUGCUCGAACCCUACAUUUUCUGUCGUCCACAAUCAGCUCCUUUGUCAUGCUGACGUUGAGGGAGAGGUUGUUGUUCUUGCACCACACUUCCAGGUCUCUGACCUCCUGCCUAUAGGCUGUCUCAUCUUCAUCGGUGAUCAGGCCUACCAUCGUCAUGUCGUCGGCAAACUUAAUGAUGGUGUUAAGGCAUGCUUCCCAGCCGAAACAGUUUUGAAAAAAGCCAUGAGGACCCGGUCAAUCUCACCGCCCCUACAUGUGCAUGUGAAUGAGACUACGCCUGUGCACGUGCACGUGAAGAAGAGCAGGAGCCCUUCCAGGACACCACAGGGUAAGACCAAGGGUGAUGGAGGGAUCCUGCGACCUACUGCAAAGGUGAAGACACGGGUGCCAUGGAUACCGCCUGGGAAGGCCUCAAUGCGGGAUGCCUCUUACAAAUGGGAGGGGCCGACUCAUCGCCUGGAGAUCACACCAUUACCUGAGCCGGAGACCUCCCACUCUCCCCUGCGAUUGGCCGACCUGUCGUCAGAGGAGGAGGAAGUGCUGCAUGGACGAAUCAACCAGUACGAGAGGAAGAUUGACAGCCUGAUGACUGAGGUCAGCUCGUUGAAGAGUGAGGUGGAGCUGCGGAGGAAGGAGCAGCUGUUGGAGCGCCAGUCGGAGAAGCUGAGCGCCUCCCAGCGGGUCAUCGAGGAACAGGAGGAGGAGCUAGCCGAGGUGUCCAAGGAGCUAGAGGUCACGGAGAGGGAAAACUCCCGCCUGCGCCACUCCAUGGAGAAGAUGUUGGAGGAGACUGACUGCACAAGCAGAGUGGAGAGGUCUAUGGAGUCGAUUCAGCUGGAGAAGGACACCCUGCUCAGGAAGCUGAUGGAGGCAGAGAUGGACGGGAUGGCUGCUGCCAGGCAGGUGUCAGCCCUGAGAGAGACCGUCACCAAGAUGAGGAGCUCCAGCGCCAGUAGAAUGUCGGGGUCUGAGUCUUCAUUCCUGGCGCGUCAGAAGGAGUUGCUGCUCCAAAAACUGGAAACAUUUGAGUCCACCAACCUCACUCUCCGCCACCUACUGAGGGAACAGCAUGGACGUGAGAUGGAAUCCAUGAGGAUUUCAGAGCAGAAAGAUGUACUUCUGAAGAGGCUGACGAACACAGAGGCAGAAAACUCGCAUCUUGUUUUGAAACUUCAAGAGAAAGAGAGGGAGGUUAAUCAACUGACUACACUUAUGGACACUGAGAAGGAGAAUGCUAAGACCACAGGAGAGCUGUCUAAAGUACUGGAGUCUACUCGGGCCCAUUUGCAGAGCCAGUUACGCAGCAAAGAGGCCGACAACAACCGUCUUGCUGUGCAAAUCAAGAACUUGGAGCGUGCGGCCAACCAGCAGCAGGGAGAGAUGGAUCACCUGCUGGAGCAGCUGCGGGGUCUGAAACUUCAGGCGGAGUCCAACAAAGAAGCCCUGAAGAGGGCUACGCGGGCCCAGAAACACCGGGCGGAGCGCAGUGAAGACACCGCCGGUCAGCUCAGAGCUCAGCUACUGGACAUGGAGAAACAGAUGGUAGAGGCCCUAUCAGCAGCAGAGAAUUGGCGUGGUCACCACGCCCAGGAAAUGAAGGACAAGACUCAGCUAGAUAUGGAGGUCUCAGUCCUCAACAGCCGAGUGUCAGACCUGACAGAGCAACUCCAUGGGACGGAGGACAAGGCCCGGGCCGAGAGAGAGGGGCUCCUGGACCGCCUGCACAGCCUCACCACAGAGGGCACCCACGCCAAGCUAGAGAACCAGAGCCUCAAGGCCAUGUUGUCUGCAGUGGAGGAGAAGCUGACUCUGUCCCAGUCAGAGGUACAACACGUCAAAGCCUCUGUGAAGCAAUACGAGAGCCUAGUGGACAACUACAAGACCCAGGUGGUGAAGACACGGGCGGAGGCGGACGAGUACUGUGCCAGGCUGGGACAAGCAGAGCGAGAGGCGCGGGAGGUCCGGGACCAGCUGGAGAGCGAAGUGGAGGCGGUGCGCAGGGAGCUGCUGGGCCGGCUGACGGAGCUGGAGCCUCUUCCUGAGGCACUGCGGCGCUCUGAGGUCCUACUGGAAGAAGCUCAGGACAGAGAACAUGCCCAGGAGAGACGUAGCACCGAGCUGAGUAUCGUCCUGGCUGACCUGCGCAUAAAGGUGGAGCAGCAGGGCAGCCAGGUGGAGCUGCUGAGACAGAAAAAGUCUGUCCUGUUGGAGGAGAACAAACAGCUGCAGCACCGUGUGGAGAGUCUGGAGAGGAAGCUAGAGGAGGCCACUUGUCAGAACAGAGACCUGGUGGGGGUGAUCGCCAAGCGGGAGGAGACCAUCCAUGGCAAUCAGCUCCGGCUGGAGGAGAAGUCCCACGAGUGCACGCACCUGACCCGCCAGCUGGAGGAGGCCUUGGAUGAUGCCCGACGCCAGGUGUCCCAGACCCGGGAACGUGCGAUCACCAAAGAGCACUCCACCCAGUCCAAGGUGGUGGACCUGGAGACCCAGCUAAGCAGGACCACCACAGAACUCACCACCCUCCGCCGCAGCAAAGAGGAGGCAGAGCGGCGGUACCAGUCCCGUCUUCAGGAUGUGAAGGAUCGUCUGGAGCAGUCGGACAGCACCAACAGGAGUCUGCAGAACUACGUCCAGUUCCUCAAAGCCUCUUAUGCCAACGUGUUCGGAGACUCGGCCCUCACCAGCACUCUGCGGGACCCUUCUCCCAUCUGAGGGGACUCUCCCCAAAGAUUCUCUCAGAAAACACACACCUACACUAUGCACACGCACGCACAAAUACACACACCCCAUUUGAGGGAACUCUUCCCCAAAGAUUCUCUCGGAUCACACACACACACACAUCAUUAUCCAGGUCUAUACUCAGAGCUCUUUUCAACUAUAUUCAAUGUUGAUUUUGUGGGUGUGUAUGUUCCAAUUAUACAAUAUC